UAUGUUCCCACAACGGAGUGUGUGCACCUGCGACCUGCGGGAUGUGAGUAAUAUGACUAGUGGGUGUAGUUUUAAUGAGGCAUGCUGGGUUUUUCCUGUCCCCGAAAUUUUGAAUACGCCUCCAUCCGUUCCCCUCGCUUGUGCUUCUCUUCGUUUUCUUCCUCUCUUCUGCUCUUCCUUUUUCUUCUCUUCCUCUUCCCACUUUCUCCCUCUCCCUCUAUCCCUCUAUCCCCUUCUCUCUGCCGUGCUGUUUAUCUCUUCUAUCGUUCUCUUCCUCCCGUAUCUCGAUUCCCAUCCCAGCAACGGGCACAGACACCCAAAGUGAGACAGUUUCUGGCUAUCCUACACCUUGACCGCUGUGCCGUCAUCACCUGGCCUUUUCAUAUUUUUAUUAAUAUAUCUAUCUAUCUAUCUUCCUGCCAUCCGACAUCCGUUGCUGCUUCUAUUCUGUUCCUUUCGUCUCUUAUCAAGGCUAGAUUCUUCCGUUCUUGGACCCUCUCUCUCUCUGCCUGCUCUGUUGAUCACGACACCACGCGCACCAUAAGUGAUACACCCCAGGAUCCCGUUAGGUGUCCUUCCUGUUAUCAAACGGCCUUGUUUCCAGAUUCUCCCAGCGCUAAGGUUUAUACAGAGGCUCAUCUAGCCUCGCCCUUGGAUUUGUUAUACCCCGGAAUUCCUACGUGUCCACGUUGCCUGGAUAGCUUUUCCCCUUCCCUGGCUGUUCGCUCCGUCCCACCACUUCUAACCUCUUUCGCAGAGUGCAUCUCAGCAUUGAAAGUGAAGUGUUGUUGUGUGUGAUAAACAAAGCAAUAAAGGUUUACAAUCAGGUUGCUUUUUGAGUCCAUUUAUACUUGGAUAUCAUAAUACCUGUGCCUGUCCGUCUGUGUCUCUGUCUCUCUGUGUGUUUGUAUAUCAGCUCGUCUACCCAAGACCACGCCUUUCUAGGAUAAGGAGUUUUUGCCUCAACAAAGGGAAUCCAUUCUAGCCUGCGGACUAGUACGCAGUUUUUCAAAGCUGUAGUCCAUUUCUUUUCUCUAUACCCCUCAUAUAUCAACAUCUUCUCUCAUCAUCUCACCCACAUCGACUUCAACCUACCUUUCGGCUCAACCUUGGAAUCGCCAUCUAUAUAAUAUUCGCAGCCAUCCUAAACUCAGAACAUCUCAACCAUCGCCUAGUGGCCUAUUUGUUUUCUUUCUUCUUAUUGCCUGUCGUGAACUGCUACCAAACAUGUCGCGCCCUCAUGAUCCCCCGGAGCGACAAAACGAGUAUUUUAUUGAAGAGAAUGGCAUUGCUCGCGAGGUCAUCCAGGCUGAUAUCUGUCGGUACCUUGGAAAUCAGGCUCUUGUGAAACCUGGCGUAUACAAGGGCGUCAAAGGUUAUUACAUUCGUGGUUAUCGCAAUUUGACACCAGAGAUGAUUGCCGAUCUACAGGCAGAUUCGGCACGGUGGAGAGCCGAGAUAGCUAUGAGACGGGAUCAAGGGUAUUCUACACAAGCACAAUAUGAUACUUCUGCCACCCAUGAAAGCCGUCAGCGAACUGGCCCUACCGCCUACCCACCAGCUGCUGGCCAGCCAUAUGAUACCUAUCCCCCACCAGCUCAUGCUUCAUAUAGCUCAGCUCAGCCUGCACCCUAUCAACCAGCAUAUUCCCAGCCAACGACUUAUGGCGCAAUUCCUUCCACAUACGCUUCUGCUGGCGGAUCGUACCCAGCUCACUCACAGCCACCACCAGCGAGCAGUCCUGAAUAUACAUAUGAGGGUACUGCCCCGUACCAUGCAUAUAAUAAUGAUCCAAGAGCAAAUCCAAGGUAUCCUGGACCUGGCUAUGAGAAUGAGACCGAAUAUCCACCUGCUGUUACCACCAGUAUGGGUUUCCCGCCCAGUACUCUCCCUGACCACCGGGCUCCAAUAGUAGAUGGGCGAUACCCCCCUGAUUCAUCCUACCGUUCCUCAGGACCACCCCCAGCUAGGGACCGAAGGGCUCGUUGAUUUUUAACUCCCAGUGAUUUCACCACUUUUGUCCAUAAUCCGGGAUCAGUACAUUUCUACCCCUAGUGGCGACAAAAAAAACCAAAGUACAAUCCAUUCAGUGGCGCCAUAUCUGCAUUGAUCGACAGGAUGUGAGACCUUUUGUCUCAGUACUUCCACUUCCUCUUGCCGCCAACCUUGGUAACAUUAUGUUAGCUUAGCUCUGCAACUUCCUAAGAGUAUCCGCAUGGGAGUAUAGAAAUAUACACUGUUCUGCCCUAAGAUGAAGCCAAUCCCAUGGAAUUGCGGGAAAUAAUGGACUUCAAUGCAACCCGCAUUGCCUUGUGUCUCUAUCAAUUCUUUUGGUAUUUACCGGUCAUGGACGCCCUAUGCACCGCAACACAUUUAAUUAUAUCCCCCCCUUUUUUUUCGUUUUUCUUUUUAGAUUUUGGUGUCCUUUUUGCUUUUCGACCUCUUCUCUUCUGCCAUCCAUCGACCCGGAUCAUACAUUGCAUACAUGGACCAAAUUCGUGAGCUUAACAAAUGAUAGCGCUGCUCGAUGUUGUUUAUUUACUUGUUUUAGGAUUAGGAAAAGGUGGCUCUGUCUUUGUGAGGCUGGUUUCCCGUGGUGCGACUGAAUCUUUAUUUUAAUAUACAUGCAUGUUUCCUCCCCUUUGUUAUGAUUUUGGCCCGGCACCCCGCCAAUUCUACUCUGGACCUUCUUAACCAUUAUAUGAUCAGAACCUCUCGUUUAUUUUUGGUGGUCAUGAUACCUCUUCAGUUCGUUUCUAUGUCAAGAAAAAAAAAAAAAAAUGCCCCUCCUCUUUUUAUAUACCUAUGGAAACCGCCAGGAUCGCUUUUCUUGUCUAUUUGGGAUUUUGCAUCGAACCCGGAGCGUUUCUAUUUCUAUUUCCAAUUCCAUUUUUAUUGGUUUCCUUGUUGAAAAACUGGUUUUCUCCUGUCUGUCUGUCUUACCGAAUUUUCUUUCCCUCUCCAACAAAAAGGCGUGGUGUGUGGUAACUGAUCAUUUUUUAUUUUUAUUUUUAUUUAUUGUCCCUUCGUUAUGAGCAACGGUCGGUCUCAGAUGGAUGAUGGAUGUAGAUAGUUGCAUCAGAAAGGCGUUCAUUUUCUAAUUUUUAUCCAAGUUCUCAGAUUGAUCUUUAUUAAUUAUACAUAAUGAUUCUCUCUCUCUCUCUCUCUCUCUUUUCUAUCUCUUUUUUCCCUCUCUUUGAGUCAUUCAGGUGUUCAUAUGUUGUGGUGUUGAUUUGUGCUCUUACAACUUAGGUACUGAAAUGCAUCUGGUCACACAUACAAAUAGUUGUAGCUGAUGAGAAGCUAGAAUAAGUCAUAGCAAGUUAAUUUCACUCUUUUAAAUUUUUAAAUUUAG